AAACACAACUCGUCCACCCAAAUGGCUCGUACGAAGCAGACCGCUCGCAAAUCCACCGGCGGGAAGGCUCCGAGGAAGCAGCUGGCCACCAAGGCAGCCCGGAAGUCAGCUCCGACGACCGGCGGAGUGAAGAAGCCGCAUCGCUACCGCCCCGGAACCGUCGCCCUCCGUGAGAUCCGCAAGUACCAGAAGAGCACCGAGCUUCUGAUACGGAAGCUUCCUUUCCAGCGCCUGGUUCGUGAGAUCGCUCAGGAUUUCAAGACGGACUUGAGGUUUCAGAGCCACGCCGUGCUUGCGCUUCAGGAGGCGGCGGAGGCUUACUUGGUGGGCCUGUUUGAGGAUACUAAUCUGUGCGCGAUUCAUGCAAAGAGGGUGACGAUUAUGCCCAAGGAUAUUCAACUUGCGAGGAGGAUUCGUGGCGAGCGUGCUUGAAUUGUUGACUUGUUAGGUGAAGCAAUUUUAUACUUUGUGUAUAAAAGUAUGCGUAUAUGAAUGUUUAGGUUCGGCAUAGUUAUACCAGUAGUUGCUUUUGUUCGUUUCUUAUCUUAGAUUUGGUUGUUGCUUAUCUUUUGUGACCUUGUUUUGUUGCCUAUCUCAGAUUGUUAAUGAAAGUAUUGUUGGUUUGUUUUGAUUUUGA